GAAGAAACCCAGACGGUAAGACGGACACCAUGCCGUUUUUCCCCGCGCGUCGCACGCGCACCUUCUCCGGACCCCACUCCACCUGCCUCCAAACCGCCAACACAUACGCUCGCAGGCUGCACAGGUCCAAGGCCGACAAUGUGGCCUCGUUCGAGAUCUACCACCGCUGUCACCCCAUGCACGGCCUCCUGAGACUGGUGCUGUACCUGAGCGCUGCUCUCUUCACGCUGGCAGCCUUCGUGUUCUGUGGGAUAGUCUUCAUGUCAGAGUACAUCUUCAUACAGCUUUUCCUUAGAUUCCAGUACAAGCUAACAGUUCUACUUAUUCUGAUGGGCAGAAGAAGAAUAGACUUUUCCAAGAUCAACACCUUGAUUAUCUAUUAUAUCCACUUCACCAUGCUGCUAGUAGGAGGCUUUGGGUGGUGUUCUCUCAUGUUUGUGGAGUUAUGACAAAAUAUACAACACUGCAAUGACUUACUAGUAUAGUAUAUAAGAAACAAAACCUCAACCUGCAAUUUGUACCCAAAACCUUCCCCUAUAUUGAGUCUGAAAAACCAAUACAUAGUGCAGGUAUUGGAACUAUUGUGUUACACCUUAUUAAAGGCUUGUACUCAAGAAAACCACAGAAAUGUUGCAUUCCAUUUAGUUACAAUUUAUCCCUAACUAACAUAUUACCGUAUAGUCGAAG